AUGAAAGGAACUUCGAGAAAUAUAUACUUGAAAGCAAUAAUAUUGAUUUUGUUUUAUUUUCAUAUAAUAGAAUGCCUAAAUUAUUCAAUAAAAUUAUGUGAUUUUACAGAACACAAUGAUGAAGACUGUGUAAUUGAAGCAGAACCUUUAGAUAUUAUUUAUUUAAAAUGUCCUACACAAAAAAAAAAUAAAUUUUUUUUUUUAUCAGAAUAUUGGGAAUCUAAUAUGAUUCCUAAUAAAUGCUUUCACUUAGUACAUUUUUCUGAAAAAAUGGCAAGAAAUAAAGAAAAUUCAAAUAGUGGAUUUAAUUUAAGUACUCUUUUAGUUGAUGGAGCAAUAGCAGUUCCAGGAAUUAAAGGAGGUUUUACACAAUUCAUAUCUCCAAUGUAUUCUCCAAAAAAUACUUCUAUCUAUUGUGGCUGUGAAGUUCCAACUGAAAAUGGUAAUGAAAUAAGAGUUAUAAAUAUAAAAAUUUCUAAGAAUCUUCAAAAAGUUAAAGGUUGUGAUUUUACUUUUAUGGGAAAAGAUAUAAUAGGGGAAUCUUUUUUAACAACCCCAUUUAAUGAUACUGCUGACAAAGGAAUAUUUUGUGAAAUAGAUUUAUUUCCUGGAGAUGUUGGAGGUAUAAAUUGUACCGCUGCUGUCUAUCAUAAAAAAAGUUAUUAUAAAAAAUUUUAUUACGAACCUAAAAAUUGUUUUAAACGAGUUUAUAUAAAAGGAGAAGAAAAGGAUCUCAAAGAUGUUCUACCUACUGCACUUAGUUAUCCAUAUGAAUUUCCAAAAAAAUCUUCUUAUGAAAGUGUUUAUCCUAGAUAUAUCGCUAUACCUAAAGAUAACGAUGUACAAGUUGAUUUGGAAUGCUCUUGUAUUCAUAAAACUGGUCUAACUUCUAAAGUAGAAGGAAAAAUGAUUUUACAUGUUCUUGAUAAAAAUAUUUUAGAUCAACUUAAUGAAAAAAAAAAUCAUGAAAUCUAUAAUGAAAAUAAUGAUGAAAAAGUCAUAUUUAGUGAUGCAAUUGACCAAAUAAUAAAAAACAUAUUUAUUAGUAAUGAAGUAAAUGAUCAAACAGAGAUACAUACCGAAUCAACUGAACAAGUAAUAGAAAAUGCCGUUUCUGUAAAUGAAGAAAGUGAAACUAAUACAAUUACUGAAACAGUUAAUGAAAUGGUAUUCAUUAAUGAUAAUGAAUCUGCACAAAACGAUAAUCUUGUAAUCCCUAAAUCAGAUGCAGAAGAAAAAGAAACAUCACCUAACAAAGAUGGAAGAAUACUAUCUGAGGAAUUACCACAUUUAGAAGAUUUAGAAUAUGUAGAGAAAGAUGAAGAAAGAAAAGAAAAUGAAGAAAAGAAUAAUAUAGAAAAAGAUUGUGAAUCUAAUUACACUUUUCCAAACCAUAAUGAAACUAAAUCAAUAAAUUGCAAAGCAGACAAAGAUAAUAUAGAAAUAAAUAAUAAUAAGAAAAAUUUAGAGUUACUUGGAAGAGAUAUUAAUGAGGCCCUUGAGAUGGAUAACUAUCCUAUUAAUAUGUUUACAUUUACUGAAAAAGAACUUAUAUCUACAGAUAAAAAUUAUUUUUAUGUCAAUCCUGACCCAUAUCAUAUUCUAAAAUUAAAAUGUCAAAAAAAAGAUCUUUACGAAAAUAAUGAUUAUGAGAGAGUUCAAUGCUUUUCAUCUUUUGUUGAUGAUAAAUUAUUAUUAAACAAUAUAAAAGGAACAUCCACUGAAUAUAUAAAAGAAAUUGAAGAAGUGAUACCUGGUUCUUUAUCUCAAUUAAGAAAUGAUGAUGGUUAUGAAAAACUAUUUAUACCUUUGUUUGUUGAAAAUGAUAUUUCGUUAUAUUGUUCCUGUCAAAAUGAAAUAAAUAAUGAAAAAAAUGAUUCGAAUCCGUCAUUUUCGAUAGUUAAUAUUUUUUUUAAAAAAAAUUCAAAUAAAACAAAAGGAUGUUCUUUUCAAAUAGAUGAAUUUGAUGAUUUCUAUAAAGAUUAUGCAGAAAGAGAACAAUUUUUAAGUAAUCUUUUAAUUUUAAAUAAAAUGAAUGACAACAAUGAAUGUGUAAUUCAUGCUUCAAAUGAGAUUGUCGGUUUUCAAUGUGGGCCUCCAUAUAGAAAACCUAGAAAAUAUAAGAAAAAUAACCAAUUAUAUGAUAUAGCUACUAAAGAAUCCUUAGAUGAUGAAACACAUGAAGAUAUUGGAUUUUUUAAAACUGAUCCACUUUAUUGUUUUGAAUAUGUUAAUGAAAAUCAGAAUAUUCAAGAUAUUUUACCUAAUACAUAUGUGUUUCCUAAUUCUAAUAUAAUAAUUGGAGAAAUGAAAAAUUAUCAUACAAGAUACAUAAAAUUGAAUGAAAAUCAUGAAAAUAAGGUAAUAUCAUGCUACUGCAAUUAUUACAAAAAUAAUGAAGUUGUAUAUUCUGGUAAAAUGACAAUAAAUGUUCAAAAAAGGAAGAUUAUUCAUUUAAAUAGUGAAGGUUUAUUUAAAAAAAUAAAAAAAAUUGGAAAAAUAAAAAUAAAUAAAAAAAAAGAUAUAUAUAAUGACAAGAUAAAAUAUGAUAUGGAAGAGCCUUAUGAAAUUACAAAAAAUUAUUAUAGCAGUUCUAAUAAAGAAAAUUAUUUAUCAGGUAAGAAUGAUAACAAAGAAGAAACUUAUUCUCAUAACAACGAAAAUAAUAUAAAAAAUAAUUUAUAUAAUAAUCUUGAAGAAAAGAUAGAAAAUUAUCCCUCUUAUAAAAAUGAAGAAACGAUAGAGAAUGAUGAACAUAAUGAAUAUUAUAAAGUAGAAAACUACAAUAAUAAUGAAGAGAAUGACGUAUAUGACAUGGAUGAAAAUAGCAAAGAUGAUGAGAAUGAAAAUAUCAAAGACGAUGAGAAUGAAAAUAGCAAAGAUGAUGAGAAUGAAAAUAUCAAAGACUAUGAGAAUGAAAAUACAAGAGAUGAUAAUGAUUUUGAAGAUGAAGAUGAAGAUGAUGAGAAUAGAAAUGAAGACGAAGAUGAUGAUAACAGUAAUGAAGAAGAAAAUGAUAUAUAUAUUAAUUUUGAUAAAAAUAGAGAAAAUGAUGAUUUAAAUACAAUAUUUAAAAAACCCAAAAAAAGUAUCGAUACACAAAACAGUACAUUGCAUGAUGGAGCAUCACAAAACAUGGCUGUAAUUAAUAGCUCAAAAAAUGUUACAGUUAUUUUUCCUGAAAAUAAAAGCCAUUCUAAUAAAGAUCAAAAAGAGCUUUAUCCUAAGUUUAUAUCGUUAAAGUAUGAAGAAAAUAUUAAUGAAAAAGAUAAAGUAAAUAAAACUUUGAUUAUUCAUAAGGAAUUUUUUUCUCCUUCCCUUAGAGGAAUACAAACUGAAGAUGAAUUUAAAGAAGAUAAGGAAAGAGACGAAGAAAAAGAUAAAAAUGAUCAUAAAACAAUGGAUAACAUAUAA